UUCUAUAUAACCACCUCCUUACAGGAGACCAACGAGAGGUUACGAUUUGCUCCUGUUAUUGCCAGGUCAGUAGCAUAGGAAAAAGCUUGGUUUUGAGCAGAAAGCCACAGGUGGCUGUGUCUUUUGUCGCUGAGCCAUUUUAGACUCAGAAAGAUGCUUUCACAAUGCAACUCAUUUUUGAAGGGUGUGAUACUCGGAAGUGCUAUCUUUGCCAUGAUCACAGUGCUUGGGCACCUUAGGCUAGGUCGCAGAAAUGGGAUGCACCACCACGACCAUCACCACCUGCAAGCUCCUAACAAAGAAGUCUUGAAAAUGUCGGAAGCUGAACGCGUGGAACUCAGUAACUACUUCCGGGUUUACUGUAUCAUCCUUGCAUCAUCCACAGAUGUGAGUCUGUGGGCUGCAGUGAAGGAGACUUGGAGCAAACACUGUGAUAAAGCAGAGUUCUUCAGUUCUAAACCUGUUAAAGUGUUUGAGUCUAUUGUUCUGAAUGGGAGUGACACCUGGUUGGUGAUGAAACAAGCUUUCCUGUUUGCCUUUAAUGAAAGCAAAGACCAAUAUAACUGGUUCUUUAUUGCAUAUCCCACUACAUUUGCUAUUAUCGAAAACUUAAAGUAUUUUUUGCUAAGAAAAGACCCAUCACAACCUUUCUAUCUGGGUCACACUGAACAUUUUAUAAGAAUUGAAUAUGUGAGUAUGGAGGGGGGAAUUGUAUUAAGUAUAGAAUCAAUGAAAAGACUCAACAGACUUCUCACUGUCAGUAGAAAGUGUCCGGAAGAGAGGAAAGGGUUUUGGAAUUUGCAUGAAGAACUGCUGCUAGCAAUGUGCCUGAGAAAUGACGGAGUGCUUGCAGAAAAUGCUGAAGAUGACGAAGGAAAAGACUUAUUUAAUACCAAGACUAUUGGGAUGUUUAUUAGAGAGGCAAUGACUGACUACCCGAACGAUGUAAUAGAAGAAUGCUGUUCUGACAUGGCCAUUACUUUCAGUAGACUGACUCCUGAUCAAAUGCAUGUCAUGAUGUAUGGGGUGUACCGUCUUAGGGCAUUUGGACAUACUUUCAAUGAUGCUUUAAUUUUUUUACCUCCAAAUGGUUCUGACAAUGACUGAAAAAUAAGUAAGAGCCUUUUUUGAUAACCACAGAAGCCGCAUUAGCUACAAUAAUAAAAUAACCAACAAAGGAGCAUGCCUUUUUUCUGGUCUAGUCAUAUUGUAUCAUCACACAUUAAAGUCUGUCUACAUCCUUAAAUGAUAUGUUUUUUUAUUUCCCUUAAAGCAAUUGUAAAAUUUUUAUGUGUUAUAGAUGCAAGUAUUAAUAAU